AUGAGCUUUUAUACUGGUGUCGUACCUGCAGACGGCCUCUCUGCAGAGACUGGCAUAAAUCGGUCACUCCAACAGACUCGGACAAAUCUCCAGUCUCCCACUAGUGUCAGGGCUACGUCUAAUUCCGGCAGUUAUGCAGCACCACUCACUCCUGCGCAAGCAUAUGCGCGCACUUUUGUCUCUGAACAACCUGUUUUGCAAUACACCAUCGAGCGCCAGCAGUUAGAGAAACCAUCCGAUCAACAACCGGGGCCAAAUUUGCAGUCUCUAAUCGGUGUUUCCGCGCCUACACGCGGUCAAUCAUACGCUCAGCGCCUAUAUGCCAGCUCGUUAAGCAAGCGGCCCCAAGCUCAGACCCACCAGCAGCCCACCAACAGGCAGCCUUCCUUUGAACGUGGAGAAUCCUCAAAAAACCGAGUUCCGGCUGGCCCACGGGCUCCUUAUGGUGCCAGAGCAUCUCUCAUGCUGAAUGCGGAUCAUACAAACGCUCCUCAAACUGUCCCUGCCUCUGAUUUCUACCAUAACAGUAUCGCAAAACUUGAUUUUCAGUUACCGCAGCCGGUACCUGAACGAGGCACCAAUUCCUCAGGUCUGCACCCUCAGUCAGCAGCAGGUUCCGCUCCAAGCAUCCCCUUGGCCCAUUCCCCAGUUCCUAUUCAGGUACCCCACGACUUGCAGGCACCCAGUAGGCGUAGCCCAGUUCCAGUGGAACUAUCCGAUGGGUCUCCGCCAUCGCCUGCUGGUGACCCCCGGCGGUCAAAUCAGGCGGGGUUGCACAGUAGGAACCCACCUACAACGCAUGUGAUACCAGGCAGCUCAACGUCAUCAGACAUCCCUCUACGGCCUGAGAGCGUGAACAAUGCCAUAGCUUCACCUGUUCCACCAGAGACACUCCCAAGGGAGUCUAGUUCAUACUCGCAGGAUUGUUCAAGAGGUGUGGUUGCGACCACUUCUAACCCUGAGUCUGUGACUCGACCUGGUGAUCCCUCGCCUGCACCUAUACAGAUUGAGAGUUUUGAUGUCGGCAGUUCCGAAGAAGUACCGUUAUAUUCCCUCGUUGACGACGGACCUCCCCCCCCAGACUUCGACGAGUCGCAAUCCAUGUGCAGCGCGAUCAGGGCGAGUACAUAUCACGCUGAACCACCUGUAGUACUAUCACUCCCUGAUGUACCCUCGCUCACACCGCACGAGUCCGAUUCUGUAUCUGGAGCUGUACCUUCAACAGGUGCAGAUGCUCUCUCGUUCGUUAGGACCCCUCGCGCACUUUCUCUAGAACCUCUCUCGGGAUCUCCGCAAACCUCACUGGCCAUACCAGAAGUAGCGUCAUACCCUACGGGGAAAGCACCUGAAGAUGUUAAGGAGAAAUCGUAUAAUGACUCUACAAAGGACUCUAUGCCCAAGUUUUCUGAGAGGUCAUCAUCUAUGGAAGCUUCAUCAUCAUUUCGAAUCCUAUCCGAGCAGGUGCCUUCAUAUAGGCAAUCUAGGUAUAACACCGCUCCUCAGGACAUACCGCAUCCUUCUAGUUCCCCGCCGGGCCCCCCACACAAUAACACCCCUGUGAAGACCCCUUCUACAGCACCACCACCCGCUCUCCCACUGAGGAAUCCCGUGGUUUCUACACCAGCGACUAGCACGGCUUCCGCACCUCCACACAUGAUGCCUGCAUCUCCUCUAUUAAGCCCAAAGGUGUCCGCUGUGAAGCCGGCUGAAGUUCGAACAGCUACUUCCUCCCCUCUUCGACCCAGUAGCAGCCACCGACCAUCUAACUCAUCUCUUCUUCCAAGAGUCUCGGCAGAGCCCACAUUCCCUCCUUCAUCAUCGGGUACCCCACCUUUCAUGGCUGCUUCUGCCGGAAUCACCUCACAGAUGUAUUAUGCAGGUUCUCCUUCACCUCUUUCUUCACCUCCGCUCUCCCAGCGUUCUCGGGGCCCAUCAGUGCUAUCCGCAUCAGCAACUGGCAGUCGUCCUGCAGAGUUUAGACCCCAGCUAUCUCCGGAUGUAUCCUCUACACUGCAAGGACAGGCUCCUUACCAAUCGCCGCGUGAAACCUUCCAGCCUCCCACAGAGUUCAGACCCCAGCUAUCUCCGGCCGUAUCCCAUACACUGCAAGGAUACCCACAGGCUCCUUACCAGUCACCCCAAAGCUUCCAACCACAGGCCUUUCCGCCGCCCCCACCUCAAGAUGCAAGAGCAAUAACUGCACCUACUCAACCAGUUCAAUCUAGCAGGGGACUUGGAAUAAAUAUCGCGACAGGUCUCGCGGCGGGAGGUGUUCUUGGUCUGCUCGGCGGGGCUGUGCUCGCUGAGACACUCGAUGGUGGCGAUAUCGUUGACGAUAUCACUGGAAGUAUGGAUGGGAUGACGUUUGGAAAUCCUGCAGAUAGUGUGUUCGACCCCAAUAUGGGUACUGGUAAUAUUCUAGGGAACGGAUUCGACGCUACGGCGAUCUUUCAAGGAAAUCAAACGUUCGACGGGGACUCCUUGGGCCAAACAUACAACGUGUCUGAUCAGACCACGGGGAACGGAGUAGACUUCACCCAAUUUCAAGGACAGAUAUUCGACGUAUCUCAGUUACAGCAACAGCCAAAUAACCAGAGUAAUCAAAGCAGCGACACGCACUAUUUGCAUGAUGCAGGAAAGCUCCUGCAAGCCGCUUACAAGAUGUAUAACACCUCGCAUAAGACUAAUGCAACUCAGGGAUCUCAAAGUUCACAGACAACAGCUCCGCCGCAACAAACCUUGGCAUCCACGAUGUCCGGCAUCUCAAAUAUUGGUCCUAAUUCGCCGCCGAUAGAAUACACACACACAAGUAUGUCUAUUCCUUUCCAUGGAAGGUCUGCUGACCACUUUACCGCAUCAGGCUACCCCAGCCCAACCCAGCAAACCGGACAACCCAUGCACCCCAUGGCAUCUCAAACCGCUCAACUACCCACUGCCACAGCAUUCUCACAGCAUCUUCCUUCUUUCAAUCCUGCCUCUCAGCAGGGCACACAUUCUCAUCAUCACGCGUCCUCAUAUCAUCACACAUCCUCACAUCCUCACCAUCACACGUCCUCACAAAGCUUUCAUACAUCUCACACCCAGAGCCCGUAUACGAAUAAUGUUACUUACCCCUCCUCUGGGACCGCCACUCAUACCAUGUACUCGCAGGGUCAGCCAAUACCAGCCCAGCAUGUUGUGAACCACGGUCACGGCACCACACCUCACCACGCUUAUCCACCCCAAUCCCAGGCGGGACCCUCCGUUCAUCCCGUACAACACCAUGCUCCAGGAAACAUGCAACAACAGCCUCCGAAUAAUAAUCUAGACAAAACUAUGCUUGCGAAAAAAUUCGUCAAGGGCGCGUUGAUGGCUGGUGGUGUUCUCGCAAAAUAUAACCGUCUAAGUGGAGGCAAUGGAUUUGUAGGAAAUUCAUGGAAUGGCCAAAAUAAUUGA